UAUAUUUGUAUUUCGUCUGAUCGGCUAUAUAUUAGAAGUUGUCGCAUUUACAAAUUGAGCACACGGCUGAAUAGAACAUUCAGGUGAUAAAGAGUUGAUAAGCAAUUAGUGUGAAUAAGGGAUCCGAAGAGGAUGGCUACAAAUGGAAACAGCUAUGCUACUACAAAACCACCUCCGAAUCCAUCUCCUUUACGUAAUGCCAAGUUUUUCCAGGCCAACAUGAGAAUAUUGGUUACUGGAGGAGCUGGUUUCAUUGGCUCUCAUCUAGUGGAUAGAUUGAUGCAAAAUGAAAAAAAUGAGGUGGUAGUUGUGGAUAAUUACUUUACUGGAUCAAAAGAUAACCUUAAACAAUGGUUUGGUCACCCAAGAUUUGAGCUUAUUCGUCAUGAUGUCACACAGCCAUUGUUGAUUGAAGUCGAUCAAAUAUAUCAUCUAGCUUGCCCUGCUUCCCCAAUAUUUUACAAAUAUAAUCCUGUGAAGACAAUCAAGACCAAUGUGAUUGGAACCUUGAACAUGUUGGGACUUGCCAAGCGAGUUGGAGCUAGGAUAUUGUUGACAUCUACUUCAGAGGUUUACGGAGAUCCUCUUGUGCAUCCUCAGGAUGAGAGCUAUUGGGGAAAUGUCAACCCUAUUGGAGUUAGGAGUUGUUAUGAUGAGGGAAAACGAGUAGCCGAGACUUUGAUGUUUGACUAUCAUAGGCAACACGGAAUAGAAAUUAGGAUUGCUAGGAUCUUCAAUACAUAUGGACCCAGAAUGAACAUUGAUGAUGGUCGUGUUGUCAGCAAUUUCAUAGCUCAAGCAAUCCGCAAUGAGCCAUUAACUAUUCAAUCACCUGGAACACAGACUCGGAGCUUUUGUUAUGUCUCCGACAUGGUUGAUGGCCUUAUCCGACUUAUGGAAGGAAGCAAUACAGGGCCAAUCAACAUUGGAAAUCCAGGUGAAUUCACCAUGAUUGAACUCGCGGAAACUGUGAAAGAGCUGAUCAACCCGAAAGUGGAAAUCCAACAUGUGGACAACACACCAGACGAUCCUCGCCAAAGAAAGCCGGUGAUCACCAAGGCAAAGGAGUUGCUAGGUUGGGAACCCACAAUCAAGUUGCGAGAGGGCCUUCCUCUUAUGGAAGAGGAUUUCCGAAAGAGGCUUGGAAUCACCAGGACACCAUAAUGGACAAUUUUUGAGCAAAGUGAAGUGGUCAGUUGAUGUCUUGUGCAAUUUCCUUCAUAUUUUCAUGUUUUGAUCUUUCAGUUGGUAUGCAACAUCCAUGCCUAUAUCUAUUUGGAAUAAAGUGCUGGAGGCUUUCAUCUUUAUACUUAAA